AUGGCCUCCUCGGCACCUCGAAGAUUCGCCCCCUUAAAGAAAGGCGUUGCGGACAAUGGGGCACCAAAACUCCAAGGCAUAGUAUUCGACAUGGACGGCACAUUAUGUGAACCCCAAACCUACAUGUUCACAGACAUGCGCAAGGCCCUCAACAUCCCCAAAUCAAUCGACAUCCUCCACCACAUUGAAUCGCUCCCUCCGCACCACCAGCCCGCCGCCACAGAAGCCAUCCGCUCAAUCGAGCGCCAGGCCAUGGCCGCCCAAACACCACAGCCAGGGCUCACCACCCUCAUGAAGUACCUCGACGCAGAGUCCAUCCCCAAGGCCAUCUGCACACGAAACUUUGACGUCCCCGUGCAGCACCUGCUGGACAAGUUCCUGCCCGAGUCGGCGUUUCACCCCGUCGUCACGCGGGAGUUCAAGCCGCCGAAGCCUGAUCCAGCUGGGAUUCUGCACAUUGCGCAGAAUUGGGGGCUAGAGGAUGCGAGGGGCUUGAUUAUGGUGGGGGAUUCGAUUGAUGAUAUGGCGGCGGGGAGGAGGGCUGGCGCUGCGACGGUGUUGUUGGUGAAUGAUGUGAAUGGGAGGUUGGUGAGGCAUGAGUAUACGGAUUUGGUGAUUGAGCGGCUGGAUGAGUUGGUGGGUAUAUUGGAGAAUGGGUUUGAGGGGAGAGAUGUGACCAGUGAUGAGGACUUGGAUAAGAAGGACUUGGCGGACGAGCCAACAAGUGCUGGGUUAUAA